UUAAUCUGUGAAGAAGCGAAAGUCUGCUGAAUUGUUGUCUUUCUUCUUCACGAGCAUCUGUGAAGAAGCAAUCUUCAGUCUAAAUCAACACUACUGAAGUGUUCAGAGGCGAUUAGCGAUAGCUUCCGAGUCAGAGAGAUUGAGAAGGAACCCCAAUCUCAGCUGAAGCCAAAUCGAGAAGAUGAUGAGAUCGUUCGCGAUUGUGUUUACGCCAAAGAGAUUUUUUCAUCGGAGUCUUCUCCAGAAAGGUAAUGUCUACGGUUUCUGUUGUUGGAGACGAGAUUUCUCUGGUUUCAGUGAUGAUUACAGAGAGAAGAUUAGAAAUGGGUUUCUGCAGAAUAUUAAAUUAGACGAUGCAAUUGUUUUGUUUGGUGAGAUGGUAAAGUCUCGUCCUUUUCCUUCCAUUAUCGAGUUCAGUAAAUUGUUGAGUGCCAUUGCGAAAAUGAAGAAGUAUGAUGUCGUGAUAUCUCUGGGAGAGAAGAUGGAGAUGCUGAGGAUUCCACAUAAUCUCUAUACAUACAAUAUUUUGAUAAACUGUUUCUGCCGCUCCUCUCAGCUCUCUCAUGGUUUAGCUAUUCUUGGGAAGAUGAUGAAACUCGGGUAUGAGCCCGAUAUAGUCACGCUUUCUUCCCUUCUCAAUGGAUACUGUCACGGGAAUAGGAUUUCAGAUGCCAUAGCUUUGCUUGAUCAAAUGGUGGAAAUGGGAUAUCAACCUAACACCGUCACAUUUACGACUCUGAUUCAUGGAUUUUUUCUCCACAACAAAGCUUCCGAAGCUGUGGCUUUAGUUGACAGAAUGGCUGCGAAAGGAUGUCAACCGAAUCUCGUUACUUAUGGUGUGGUGAUAAAUGGGAUUUGUAAGAGAGGCAAUAUGGAUUUGGCUUUAGAUCUCCUCAAGAAGAUAGAGAAAGGUAAAAUUCAGCCAAAUGUUGUGAUCUACAGUACAGUCAUCGAUGGUCUUUGCAAAUACAGAGAUGUGAAUGAGGCACUCGACUUAUUCAACGAAAUGGAGAACAAAGGAAUUAAGCCAAAUGUUAUUACCUACAAUUCCUUGAUAAGCUGCCUUUGUAAUUACGGAAGAUGGAGUGAUGCCUCUCGACUACUCAGUGAUAUGAUUAAGAGGAAAUUGAACCCCGAUGUUGUCACCUUCAAUGCGUUGAUCGAUGCGUUAGUGAAAGAGGGAAAGCUUUUGGAGGCUGAGGAAUUAUACAAGGAGAUGAUCAAAAAGUCUAUAACUCCUAAUACCAUCACUUACAAUUUACUGAUCAACGGGUUUUGUAUGAACGAUCGUCUAGAUGAGGCGGAACGUAUGUUUGAGUUCAUGGUUAGCAAGGGUUCUCUCCCAAACGUAGUGACUUAUACUACUCUUAUAAAUGGAUUAUGCAAGUCUAAGAGAGUAGAAGAUGGUAUGGAACUCUUCAGGGAGAUGUCUCAAAGAGGAAUUGUCGGUAACACAAUCACGUAUACCACUCUUAUGCAAGGGUAUUUCCAAGCUGACGAUUGUGAUAAUGCCCAAGAAUUAUUCGAACAGAUGGUUUCUAGUGGCGUGCCUCGCGGUAUUUGGACAUACAACACUUUGUUAGAUGGUCUUUGUAACAACGGGAAGCUAGAGAAAGCAUUGGUCAUAUUUCAGGAUAUGCAGAAGAGUGAAAUGGAACUUGAUAUUGUUACAUAUAGUAUCAUCAUUGAAGGAAUGUGCAAGGCUGGUAAGGUGGAAGAUGCCUGGGAUUUGUUUAGCAGCCUCAGCCUUAAAGGAGUAAAACCGAAUGUUGUAACCUACACUACAAUGAUCUCGGGCUUAUGUAGGAAAGGCUUAAAGAAGGAUGCAUAUGCCUUAUUCAGUAAAAUGAAAGAAGAUGGGCCUCUCCCAGAUAGCGGUCCAUAUAAUACGCUGAUAAGGGCAUAUCUUAGAGAUGGUGACGAAGUAACAUCAGUCAAACUCAUCAAGGAAAUGAGGAGUUGCAAGUUCUGUGGAGAUGCUUCAACAAUAAGUUUGGUCACUAAUAUGUUGCAUGAUGGGAGAUUAGACAAAAGCUUUCUGAAGAUGCUUUCUUAAAACACUGUUAUCCUGGAGAGAAUUGUAGAGCAACCUUGUUCCUUUGAUAGCAACAUCUGUGAGGAUGCAAACAAGAGUUGAUCCAAACACCCUUCACGAAGAUUUCAGUUUUAGAAGACGUCUCUGUCUCAACAUCCUUCUGCUUCUGAAAUGCUCUCCUCUUUAACUUGAUAGAAUGAAAUACUUUUUCUGAGAAUAUACGGUUACUUAGCAUAAAUGAUGUUUUUUUCUUUUUGGGUCGAUAAAUUAUGUCUUUUGUUUUAUGAAGUGGAUUAAGUGAAUCAAUGCCUAGAAAUGGA